UGUUGCAACCAGCUCUUUGACUUAAACAUGGGUUGAGAUGAGCACGUCGAAAUUCUAAGAAAAAACCCACAAUCUCCAAACGGGGAGGAGCAUGCAACUUUUCCUUCCCAAAUUUUCAUUUUUUCUGUCAUGCUCUUGAUCCUCAACCAAAACACAGAAAAUCGUGAUUGAUUAUUCUUUAUUCAUUCUUGUUCUUUUUUAUUGAUUGAUGCUAAUUCUUGGCUCCAUAUUUAUAGCCCGCAUUUGAUCCCCUUAAUUUGCCUCUUCCUACAACAUUUCUUGCCUUUUGGGGGUCAGAGAAAUUAAGCUUCAUUUUCUAGCAUUUCUCCAGCUUGUUUGGAUAUUGGUUGGGGUCACAUUGUAAAAGAAUCGAACCUCCGACCUAACCUAUUUCGAUAGAUAUGGGAGGUUGCUGCACCAAAGAUGCCUUGUAUUAUGGGAAUAACAUAGAGGAUGAUCGUUAUUGUAAGGAUAGUACUGAAUAUGAGGGUGAUGAUGAUAACAAUAUAAAGUAUGGGGACAAUGGAGCCCGGAUAAGAAUGCAAGGCUCUUCUAGGUACAUUUCAAUGUACACCCAGCAAGGAAAAAAGGGGAUCAAUCAAGAUGCUAUGACAGUUUGGGAGGAUUUUGCUGAGAAGGACAUGUACUUCUGUGGUGUGUUUGAUGGCCAUGGCCCUGAUGGUCAUAAGAUAGCGCGAUAUGUACGUGACAAUUUACCUUCAAAGCUCUCCCAAGUUGUCAAAAUUUACCAGCUUAACACUGGCAUUUUCGACAAUGCUAAUGCUGCUUCAAGUUUCUUCAAUCAAGAAAAUAACACAAACCCCAUAAGUAAAGGCAGUCAAGAUUUGUCUCUUUCUUCAUGGGAGGCCAGUUUUGUUAAAUCAUUCAAGGAUAUGGACGAAGAGCUUAGCCUCGAUUCAACCAUCGAUAGCUUCUGCAGUGGUUCAACAGCUGUAAAUGUAGUUAAACAGGGUGAUCACUUGGUAAUUGCGAACUUGGGGGAUUCUCGUGCAGUUCUUGGCACUAGGGGAGAGGAUAAUCAAAUCGUUCCUGUCCAACUCACAGUUGAUUUAAAACCGGAUACUCCAAGUGAAGCAGAUAGAAUUAAAAAGUGCAACGGCAGAAUUUUUGCAUUGGAUGAAGAACCGGAAGUGUACAGAUUAUGGAUGCCGGAUGAAGACUGCCCUGGUCUAGCAAUGGCACGGGCCUUUGGAGAUUUCUGCCUCAAAGAUUAUGGCCUUAUCUCCAUUCCUGAAGUUUGCUACAAAAACAUCACAAGCGAUGAUGAAUUUGUGGUCUUGGCAACUGAUGGGGUUUGGGAUGCUUUGUCAAACGCUAAUGUGGUAAAGAUAGUUGCUUCUGCAAAGAAGCGAUCUACAGCAGCGAAGUUGUUAGUCAAGCGAGCUGUUAGAGCAUGGAAAAGAAAAUAUCCAGAAUCUAAAAUGGAUGACUGCUCAGUUAUAUGCUUGUUCCUGAAAGACCAACCUUCUUUAUCUCACUCAAUGUCUCACGGGAGCCGGGGAAGAGUAAAUGAUCCGGCGCUUGUUUCUUAUUACAGCACUAAAUCGAAUGUUCCAACCGAUGAAGGAGGCACCGAAAUGUCUGUUGUAAAUAGCAAAAUCUCAAAAGACUCAAAAGAUGGGUUGAGUGAUCUCGAUGGUUCUACAAGAGUAAAUUCCAUUUUGAAUGUUCCUCGAUAUAGUAACGAUUUGACUUGGCGGAAAACAUCGAAGGAUUUUGAAGAGGUUGAAGCUCAUUAAUCGGUUCUCAAUGAGAUAUUCCUAUUGCCCUGUCAACAGUCUAUCUUAAUUUGAAGACCAAAAAUAUGGUCUUAACAGAAUGCAUGAUUUGCAAUCUGGGUUUAAAGAAUCAAUCCAGCUGUUUAGAACAUUUCCAUAUAUGUUUGCUUUGAUGUCUACCAGCACCUUCUCUAUAGUGCAAUUCAGCUACCUGCCAAAUAUUAAAGAAAAGGGGCUCUGAAUUAGAAUUGGUUAGGGGAUGUUGUACAUAUUUCUCUUACUAGCUAGUUACUUGGAAGCGCAAUGUGAAUAAUGGAUACUGAAUCAUGAGCCUACGUCUAUAUAUAUAUAUAUAUAUAUGUACUAACCAUGCAUACCGCAAAAU